AUGUUCUGCGACGAGACGUCCAAAACGCAGCAGAAGAUUCGGCAGCGAGACGCGUCCAGCCAAGGCUCAUAUCGUACAUCAGCGGCCAAUAUCGCAUUAGCAGAUACUUGGAUCCCGGAACGUUCAUUCACAGGGAGCAUUUCUAGGAUUCCGGUUUAUUCCAUGCGCCCAUCAAUGGAAGAUUUUGCAAUAUGCAACUUUUAUCAUGCAACACUGGAAAAUCUAUCCGACAAAGAUCCCGUUCGCUACCUCCACACACUCCUCCCAAAUCUGUACUCACAGAGCCGCCCUGGUUCUGCCUUAUGCUUGGCCACAGAGGCAAUUUCCUAUGCUGCCUCUUCGAGGCUAGUUCAGGAAGCGACACCGCUAUCCAGAAACCGAUACGUCCAGGCCAUCAAAGCACUCAAGAAUGCUCUUCAAGACCCAAGAGAAGUGAAUAGCGAUCAGGCUUUGUAUGCGAUCCUUCUUCUGUGUGGUUAUGAGACCAUGGUAUGGAGUUCCAGUGAACCACCAGAAUGGCGAGCUCAUGUCGAUGGAGCUGCCGCAGUUUUGAAGCUCCGUACCGAAAACAAAUUACACACAUCCGCCUCACACAGCAUGUUUUUCUUUAUUAAGAAAAGCGUCGUCAUAAGUCAUUUGCAAAUCCCCCGACCAGUUGACAAAAUCUUUACUGAGCCGGACGCGGCGACUUUUUUGCAUGACAGUCUGGAGGACCAACUUAUUUCAAUUUCGGCUGCGAUGCCGAAACUGCAACACAUAGGUAUUGGCCUGUUUACCCAACUCCGAUACACUAGCAAGAGCGAUAUUGAGAUAUUCAUGUCCUCUGCUAAAACCUUGGACUGCCAGCUUUCAGACUGGGCGACCAAGGCCAUGGAUUCGUGGCCCUAUUCGACCGCGACGAACGUCAGUCGCAUCGCACGUCCAGAAUUCUCUCCAUACGAGAUUCAUAGAUACCCGGAUUUCUACAUCGCUCGAGUCUGGAAUUUCUAUCGUGUGUCGCGUCUCAUUAUUCUGUCGCUACUCAUCCGUGCGGCCUCUUGGUGGCUGCGUGUCUCCCCAGAGCCUCUCCCGGACUACUUCGAUGUGUUGAAAGGGGAGGCACGUAGUCGGAGCUUGGUAGAUGAAAUAUGUGCAAGCGUUCCUUUCCUAUUGGGAAAUGACCUGUCCAGAAUGAAGCUUCCUGUCACAAGAACUUGGAGGCAACAGGAACAGGAGCAUCCCGGGUCAACCAGAUCUACCCCAGCUAAGAAGGCUGGUGUGAAAGGCAUCGGAAGCUUUUCUCUCAUUUGGCCGCUUCAUGUUGCGUGCAGCGCCUCGUCCGUGCCAGAGAUUCAAAGGGAGUGGAUGCGCACACAACUUCGACUAAUUGCCGAACGUGGUGAAUCAGGGGCACACUUUGUAUCCGCCACAGAAAGCCAGACACUGCUGGGAGGGGCAGAAAACUUUCAAUUUGAUUGUGUGUGA